AUGGAGGACGCGGAGCUGCGCUGCACUGUGGCCGUGGAGCAGCCGCUGCCAGGGGGACAGGCCCCCAGGCGCCGCGUGAUGCGGGACGCGCUGGUGCUGCUGGGCCGCAACGAGCUGCGGCAGCCGGUGCUGCGGGUGGUCGCCGGCAGCGGCGGGGCGACGGCGGCGGCCCUGAGCUUCGUGCUGGCCGGUGAAGGCGUGCGGCUCUUCACGCGGUUCGCGGGUGAGGGUCGGGCGGCGGUGCGGGUGGGGCCGAGCGGCGCCCAGGUCCUCCUCUCCGACUGCCCCCCAGACACUCUGCGCCGCUUCCUCCGUCUCCUGCGGGUCAAGGUGGCAGCCGGACAGCGGGGCACUCCGCGCGUCCCCCGCCUGCUGGACCGGCCGCCGGCGGCCUUCGCCAUCAUCAGCCCGCUGCAGGAGCGGGACCUGCUGCGCGCCCCAGGCCGCCUCCGCGGGGGCGAAGCUCAGGGGGAGCCGCCGGUGGAGGUUCCCCGCGCGGAAAGGCGGCCCUCAGCGAGGCUCUCGGCGGAGCAGGAGGCUGUGAUGGGAGUUGUGAGGAGUGGGAAGAGUAUCUUCUUCACUGGCUGCGCAGGUGAGGGGCCGGGCGGCUGUCACCGGUUGAAGCCCUCGGGCAUCACCACUGACCUACUGCUUCUCUCUCCUCUCCUCCAAGGAACCGGGAAGUCAUUCUUGCUGAAGAAGAUUGUGGGCUCCCUCCCUCCGAAGACCACCUAUGCUACAGCCAGCACAGGAGUGGCAGCUUGCCACAUCGGUGGCACCACUCUCCAUGCCUUUGCAGGGAUCGGCUCCGGGAAGGCUCCGCUGGAGCAGUGUAUUCAGCUGGCAGAGAGGCCUGGGGUGCGCCAGCACUGGCUGUCCUGCCAGCACUUGAUUAUUGAUGAGAUCUCAAUGGUGGAUGGCAAGUUCUUUGACAGGCUGGAGGCAGUAGCAAGGGCAGUCAGAAAACGGGAUGAGCCUUUCGGAGGAAUUCAGCUAAUCAUCUGUGGGGACUUCUUGCAGCUACCCCCAGUCUGCAAGGCUAAUGAAGAAAUCACGUUCUGCUUCCAGGCAAAAAGCUGGAGGAAAUGCAUCCACAUAAACAUGGAGUUGACUGAAGUGCGGAGACAGACUGACAAGACCUUUGUCUCACUCCUGAGUGCAAUCCGUUUAGGCAGGUGCACAGAGGAGGUUACUAGACAGCUGAUGCAGACUGCUGAUAACAGGUCUGAGCGUGAUGGGAUCCUGGCCACACGGCUCUGCACUCAUAAAGAUGAUGUAGAAAUAACUAAUGAGAGACGCUUGCAACAGCUAUCAGGAGAAGUGCAUGCUUUUGAGGCUUUGGACAGUGACCCGAUGCUAGUGAAGUUAAUUGAUGCUCAAUGUCCUGUGGGUGGUAGAGUUGAGCUAAAGCUUGGAGCUCAGGUGAUGCUAGCUAAGAAUCUGGAUGUGUCUCAAGGGCUUGUGAAUGGAGCACGAGGAGUUAUUGUAGGAUUUGAAAGUGAACAGAAAGGGCUGCCUAAGGUGAGGUUCCUCUGUGGGAUCACACAGGUCAUAAAAAUGGAGAAAUGGGUCUUCAAAGGACCAUCAGGGGUUCAUCUGACUCGUCAACAGUUGCCUUUAAAAUUAGCAUGGGCCAUUUCCAUUCACAAGAGUCAGGGCAUGUCUUUGGAUUGUGUGGAAAUCUCCUUGUCUCGUGUCUUUGAAAGUGGGCAGGCUUAUGUAGCUCUCUCCCGAGCACGUAGCCUUGCAGGUCUCCGUGUUCUGGAUUUUGACCCCAAAGUAGUGAGAGCCGAUCCUUCUGUGUUGCAGUUCUAUAGACAGCUGAGACGUCAUCAACUCCUAACCCAGGAUUCACUAAAUGAUAAGGAAAACUGAGAACUGGAAAUGCAGCUGAGAAUGCUCUUCUGGCUUCUGUUGAAGCAUCAGCACAGACUGCUGAGUUGCAGCAAUCAUGCUAUUGAGUAUAUUUGCUAACACAGAUAAAGUCAAAGGAAUUUUUUUUAGAUGUUUGCUUCAUUCAGCUGACUCUGGAUGUGUAGAAAUAUCCUUGUCUCAUGUCUUUGAAAUCUGUGAGGCUUCUGCAGCUCCUUUCUGGGCCUACAGUCUUGAGCACUUCUGUGUCAGGGAUGUAACACUAGCAAACAAAAUGACUGAUCAAGGUGUGCCUGAGGGACCUUCCCAAGGUUCUAUCCUGUCUGCCUAGUUGUGUUUUAUUCUCCACAUAUGUAGACUGAAACUUGUGUGACUUUCUUCGAGUAUACAAUGAUUAAGAGAUGGAAGGAGUGUGUUCUGUUUGUCUGGAUGGAUUGGACCUGUUCAUAAGCACUGCUGGCACAAGGGAAAACAUUGUAUCUGGAAUAUGUACCUAAUUCUCCUGCAAGUGAGGAGCUGCCAGGAACUGGACUACCACUUUAUAGUAUGCUGGGGUGUUCUUGCCUUCCAGAUGCUUAAUGGCAGGGUGCUUUGCAUAACUUUUCCUCCACAAGCAGAACUGUAACAGUUAUACAUUGCCUAUUAUGCUGAUACAUAGCCUUUUUAUUAGUCUGUUGCAUGCAAUAAGAUACAUUUUUUUAUUUUUUUUAACCUUCUGAGAUGAGCUGGCACUGUUUAAAAAUGGGAGGAAGUCCUACAUCUUAUACCCAUAAUUAUGGAACUACAAGAAUCCUUAAGAUGUAUUACCCCAUUAGAUAGAAGAGAGUGAGAGGAUAUGAGUAUUGGCAGGAGCCCCUUCUUGUUUAAACACAUGAGGCUUUCUGAAACGGGAGGGAGUUUCUGCUGGAAACACUGUGUCUGACUAAUAAGGUGGAAGUUGAAUGUGCAAUAGGGAAUAGCCAAGGUCAUGUGAAGUGAGCUGUAACUUCACCAGUUUCAGCAAAAACAGAGAUGAGCAGAACUAACGUACCGUCCUUCUGAAGUAAAGGAGAAGCUUUGGUCUUGGACACAUUGCUGAAAGCUUAAAUAACUUGUGUAUUUUUAAAUGCUUAAUGAACAGGAAUAAUGUAAAAUAUCAAUAUCCAGCUGGAACUCGCCUCUGCAGUUUGAGCAAAUUGAAGGCCACUUCUUGGCAGCUACUGUUAAAGCCAUGAAAGGAUGUUGAAUAGCCAG